CCAAGUAGAAGAAGAAGAAAGAAGAAUGGGUUCUCUCCAAGAAGGCAAAGCCAUUGCCGCAGCCAUAACAACAGGGAUUGGAAUCGACGAAAAUCGGUUGGUCUCACUUGGAAAAUGGACUUCGAAGGACAUGCCACUUUUCAGGAGCGAAACUCAAUUCUUUUCAAAAGACGACACCUAUAAUUUUGAAAAGUGGAAGGAUGGGCUCUUCAAACAUUUGAAACGUGAAUUCUUGCGUUUUGAGAACGCAUUGGUGCAAUGGAGUAUGCAUCCUUGGGAAAGGGAUGCACGUUUGGCAAACGAAGCUUUAAGCCAGCAGCGGCAAUCUUAUGAUGUGCUUGUGGAGGUGGCAUGCGCCAGGUCUUCCGAAGAGCUUCUUGGGGCAAGAAAAGCCUACCACUCCAUAUUCAACCUCUCUCUCGAAGAAGACGUUGCUUUUCGUACCAGUGGCGGCCAACGCAAGUUGUUGGUGGCACUUGUGAGCUCCUACAGGUAUGAAGGGCAAAAGACUAACUCAGCGAUUGCCAAAGAAGAGGCAGCGAAGCUUCGUACAGCGAUUGAAAAUGGUGAUAAAAUUAAAAGCAAAGCCAUUGAAGACGAAGAGCUGGUUAGAAUAUUGAGCACGAGGAGCAAGUUGCAUCUCAAGGCAACUUUUGAUCACUACAAGGAAACUCACAAGAAGAAUUUCGACGAGGAUAUCGGAACUGAUCCAAUCCUAAAAGCGACAGUUCAAUGCCUUUCCACUCCCCCGACAUAUUUCAGCAACGUUUUGGAUGAAGCACUGAAAGAUAAUGCAGACGAGAAGGCAAAACAAGCCCUGACCCGGGUGAUUGUGACCCGGGCCGAAACCGAUAUGAAGGGCAUUAAGGAAGAAUACCAGAAGAAAACCAAUGCUUCUCUAUCUGACAAGAUUGGAGAAAAAACUCGAGGGAACUAUAAGGAGUUCUUGCUCAACUUGGUUGCAAUAGGGGAUGAAUCUAAGUAAUAGAGCUAAGUGGGAACUGGGUUAUAAUGAAGUAUUCUCAUACUUUUGGGUUGUGUUUGUUUCUGUUCUUCAAUAUGAUUGUUGCAUUGCUGUAAGAAACAUCUAAAUAACUAAAUGCAAUCUGCCCUUGUUUUGUA